AUGGCAUUAACUAAGAAUAAGGUUGGAGUAGGCUUGGUGGGCUUCAUGUAUUACACCAUUUGGGUUAUAGUACUGCCCUUUGUUGAUGAAGAACAUGUGAUUCACAGCUACUUCUUGCCACAAGAGUUCGCUGUCCUGAUUAAUGCUGUAGCUGGCUUAUUGUUGGUACUAUUUGUAGGUGCCUUCAUUGCAGCUGUCAUGUGGAAAGGUAGAAGACCGUCUAUGAACUUAUGA